CCAUUGUCCUCCUGGCUCGCCCAUCGAUCUCUUCCGACUUUAUUGACAAGGUGAGUAAUAUGUCCUUCUGUGAGAACAGCGAGACUGCCAUCAUCCAGGUGGAUCCGUCCAACGCUAUAACCUACGAUGCCCUACGUCUGUGGCGAUUUGUUCUCUCGGAAAAGGGAGCACUGGCAAGCGCUGCUCGAUGUACGUAUGUGAUGGCCGCACUUCCGGCUGGUCAGGGCUUUAACAUUUCCUCCUUCAUCCUCGAAAGUAAAACCCAUGUGUCUCUUGCGUCCGCUGUGGCCUUAGCCGUUCGCUUGACCUACGUUAACUUCGUCGAAGGUGCUUAUGUACUGCCUAUCAACAAGAGUUUCUUCGGUCCACUUACUAGAGGAUUGUUUGCCGUUCCGGUUCUGCCAAAUGUGACAUACAAGUUUUCCAAUAACGACGGGAAAACAAUCGAGUUUUAUGAUUUCUACGUGUUCACCUUCAAACCUGAAAUCUUUGUGGGGGGCACCAACGUUGGUGCUUUGGACUUUGAGAAGAUAUUCGAACUCAACAGCGUACUCCUCUACCCAAAAGGGACUUUCGCUACUGUGAACAUUAAAGUUUGGCCCAAGCCCGGCCGUGGUCCUCAAAGGAAUUAU